AUGAAGUUGUGGGUCGCUAGAGGACCAGAUUGGGUCCCCACUGUGAUCUCGGGGUUGGGUAAGACGAAAUACCUGCAGAUGAUCAACAUUGGCGACCGUGAGAUCAUACUGCCCACCCACACGAUAUUAGGCUUGUGGACCGAAGGCGAUAUGGUACCACGAACUCAAGGUUUUGUGACGGUCGAAUUGGGGAAGUACAAGGAGUGGCAAACUCUGGCGUAUGAAGCUACGACGGAUCGAGUGAAUGAACUCCCAAAAGAGCAGAUCGGACGAUUGGUAGAUCGCUCUACCUACGUCACUCCCAAAUGCAUCAUGAAGCGUCCGUCUGAUGUGUUAAGGGACAUACCUCCAGCGAUCUCCAUGGUAACGCAGCAAGCUGGCGACGACGACUUGCAAAAGGCAGAUACUGUGGUUGCAAGAGAAGGAACGGUCAACGGAGUCGGAUCGAAUCCACUCGAUGAAACAAAUCUAUCGUCGAAGGAUAAAGAUCGUGAGAUCGAAACCUAG